CUUGCGCUGUGCGCCGACUUGAAUUCAGUUGCCUUCGACACAUUGACGGUUACGGUUGUUGUUAACGGAAUUGCGAAUAAAAAUGCAAUUGUGUGUUAAACAAAAGUGUUUUCUCUGCUAAUUACACAUUAUAUGAGUGUGUUAUAAACAGUGUGCUAAGCAAAAAAAUAAAUAAUAUUAAAUGGAAUUCACUUGGCUGUUAAAAUAAAUGCAAAUACUAGAAUUUAUUAAAUCAUAAAAAAAAAAUAUUAAAGUGCAAGCAUUGCUCGCCUGUUAUAUGCGAGUGUGCGUGCGUUUAGCGGCCAUUGUGACAAAAUAAAAAUUAGAAAAAUUGCAAGUGGCUGCGUGCAUACUUUAAUUCCAUAAUUUCGGUGGCACCAGCUGCCCUACGACUCCGAAAGUGUUUGCUGCAUUGUUGUUGCUGGCAUGCGGUUUUAUUCAAUUUUCUGCUUAUUGUUAUGCUGUCAACUUUGAAUUUUUGUGCAGCUGUUUUGUUGUGGUUUUUAUGUGGCUCCCACUUUCUGCGCAGCAAAUGUGCCAGUUUUAAGUGCCGCUACGUGCUCAAGUGUUAAAAUCUGCUUUACUAUUUCUACUACUUUGCAUUUCGCUAAGCUAAAAGAAAAAAAAAACAGAAAAAAACCACCAGCACAUUAUUGUUACAGCACUGGCAGCUUUUGCGCGUCUAUGUGCGUGUGCGUGCACCUCCCCUUGCUAAACAGGAACAGCGCGGGUGUCUUAGACGUGCGCGUGCAAGCAUAAAUAUCCUUGGUUCUAAAGUAGUCGUGGGACGGCAAAUCCAGGCAGGUUAAUUUUUUUGCUUGUCUUUGGCUAUGUAAAAUUGGCAUUUGCAAAUACAUAAGAUCAUAAUAAAAUGGCGUAAAUGUUGCCAUCGCGCUGUCGUAAAGUGCAAAUAUUUAUGUGCAUGUGAAAAUGUUUCGGUUGGACAAACAAAAAAAAUUGGAGUAAACACAUCGAGUGCGAAAUCUUUAGCGUCUCAAAGCAGCUGUAGUGACUUUAAGCAGCAAAUCUUUAAAAAUUAAUCGACGUAAAGUCAUAGAGAGGACAACAAAUAGCUACGGAUCCUUGUGACUUUUCCCCAUAAAAGUGGCAGACCACUAAUUAGAGCUUUAGUGGACUCUUGUGUACAACCAAUAAAUCAGAAAGGACAACACCGUUGCGGGAGAAUGCGAAAUUUAAUUGUCAACUGUGACGGCUGUGCAGACUACGGCUCGUUUUAUGACUACACUAUCGGCACACCCACACAGAUGCACACAUAAUGUGCAGCAACAAUGAGAACAGUAUAAUCCUUGCAAUCCAACCGAAUAGCAACAACAACGCCACAAACAAUUUGAGCUGAUUUAUUGCGGCGCACGUGACAGAGCCGAAGCCAAAGCCGGAGCCACAGAGACAGCACCACACACACACCGCAAUCAUAAUGGAUGCCAUUGGAACAGCGACGAUGUGGCGGCGACGUAAACAAAUAACAACAACAACAACCGUUAAGCCACUUUAUAACACAGCAACAUUGACUUUCGUCAUACUGUUGUUCAACAUCACCUCGGCGGCGCUGACUUUAGCCGGAGCAUUGGGCACAACCGGUGAGGUGGCCACACUGCACAACAAUACAGCUAACAAUAUUACAACAAGCGCAACUAAAGCGCACAUGAAUGCCACAAAUGAAGUUAUCACAACAGCACCAAGAACCGAGACGCAGCUAACAAUUGUACUAACAACAACACCGGCCUCGGCUGAUGGCUUUACAACAAUGAACACGUUGAGCGCGGCGACUACGUUGAGCGCGAGCACGAUGAGCACGACCGUGAGUAUGCAUCGUGGCGGCAGCGUGGAUGUGCGCUAUGAGGUCGAGCACAAAGACGACCUAAUCAACGAUCCAUAUGUACAGAUCGUCUUCUGCAUCAUCUAUACGACCGUCUUUGUGUUGGGCAUAUUUGGCAAUGCGCUCGUUUGCUAUGUCGUCUUACGCAAUCGUGCUAUGCACUCGGUUACGAAUUACUUUAUAACGAAUUUGGCGAUCUCUGACAUACUGCUCUGCGUGCUGGCUGUGCCCUUUACGCCGCUCUACACCUUCAUGGGACGUUGGAUAUUCGGCGCCGCCAUGUGUCAUAUGGUAUCGUAUGCGCAGGGUUGCAGUAUAUAUCUGUCGACCUUUACGCUGACCGCGAUCGCUGUGGAUCGUGUAUUUGUGAUCGUGUUCCCCUUCAAACCGCGCAUGCAAAUACGCACCUGUUAUUAUACGCUCGCUUUUAUAUGGUGCUUCUCAUUGGUGGCCACUACGCCCUAUGCCUUAUAUAUGCGUGUCGUUGUGGCGCAUGUCAAGAAAAAGUACGUGAAUACCGGUGAAAUGUUCAUGGCGAAUAGUACAAAUAGUCUGCUUGAUCAUUUGAAUGCCACAACGACACCGUAUGGUAUUUAUCUGCUGACCGAUGCGAUUACAACGGUGGCUUCGGCAACUGGUGUCAAAUUGAACUUAAACGUUUCAGCGGAGCUGGAGGAUGAUGAUGAUGACGUCACGAUAUAUUGCGAAGAGAAUUGGCCUUCGGAGAGUUUUCGUCGCGGUUUCGGUAUUUUGACAACGCUCGGCCAGUUCGUCGCACCAUUAGGCGUGAUUACGAUAUGCUAUAUUUGGGUGUCGGUGCGAUUGAAUAUGCGCGAACGUUGUCGACCCGGCGCUAAAUCGGCGGCGCGCGACGCAGCUGAUCGCGAACGUAAGAAGCGCACGAACUUCAUGCUUAUAGCGAUGGUUGGCGUGUUCGCUUGCUCUUGGUUACCGAUGAAUAUUGUCAAUAUGGUUGAUGACUUCUAUGACAAAUCGAAUGACUGGUCUUUCUACACAUUCAUUUUCUUCAUAACCCAUGCGUUGGCCAUGUCAUCGACUUGUUACAAUCCCUUUUUGUAUGCCUGGUUGAAUGAGAACUUUCGGAAAGAGUUCAAACAUGUCUUGCCCUGCUUUAAUCCAUCCAAACAUCGGCAGGUUAAUCGUCACUGCUAUAAUCGUUCGGAUCGCAAUACAUGCGAGGGCGGUCGGCGUCGCAAUGAUAUGGGCAAUGGCGUCGCUGUGAGCAUAGAUAUCGAUGAGGGUGAUGAUGAGCAUGAGAAUGGCGUUACGCAGGAGACUUCGUUGGCUAGAGCGAAAGAGAAAUGCACGAGUGAGACACUCGAACUGACUUGCAGCAAUGGUGGUGAUGCCCUAACGUCAAAUAAGUGUUGUAAUGCGGCUAUGGUGCAUGGUACCCAUGUGGUGGAUAUCGCUCUGAAUGGCAAGGGUCAACAUGAUGAUUGUAAUAAUGCUCUGGAUGAGGAUUGUGUGUCGGGUGAUGAGCAUACGGUGGAGAUGCAUUUCACGGAGACCGCAUUCGUGAGUUUAGACAAUGGCAAGGAUAUUUGCCUGUUGGAAGCUGGCUGCAACAAAGAGGUGGGCGAGCAAAUUUUUAACUAAGGACGGGUAAUCGAAACGCAUUUCUAAAAGUUUGAACGCGUACUGAAGCCAACGGAAAAAUAAAUUAGUCAACCGACUGUAAAAUAAUUAUUAAAAAAAACUCAGCUAUAGACAUUUUAAAAAAUUAGUUUAAGUUAAUGUUUUUAAAUAAGAUGUUAAGUACAAAAGAUAAAAUUAUAAAUUAUGUAUAAAAUUUAGUAUUUAAUCAACCAACGAAAAAGUAAUACGGUAAGCAAAAAAAUUGGUGUUAAAAUUAAUAAUAUUAUAUAUAAACUAAAGCUGAGAGAAAUGUAUAUAGUGAUAAAAGUGAUUUGCUUGCAUAAAUUUAUUCAACUGUUCUCUCUUUUGUGUUACGACACUACCAACUAUCUACUUCAACUUUAAACUAUUUUUAAUUUUAAAUGCGAAAGUAUUUACGAACUGUAAGAUUUCGUAGCAUACAAUUAAAGCGUAGAAACAGCUAAUUUUUGAUAGUGAGUUGAAAUAUUGUACUUUGAAUGUGCUAUUUUGAAUUUAGUUUUUAUUUAGUAUUUUUAUUUUUGUUAUAGAAACUCGUCAGCGCCUAUUUUCUAAAAAACACAUAAUAACAAUUUCGAAAAAUUAAAGCCUAUUUGAAAAUAAGUUAUAAUUUCAAAAAAUUAUGAUGGUUGCUUUAAUAUGAACAAUCUUAACCGCAUAAAAGUACACUUAAUUUAUUUUGCAUUACUUAAAUUUAACUUAAGUCCAUCGCCUUCGAAUCCGAAGUGUAAAUUUUUUACAUUAAACACCUUUUUUUUGGGAAAGCCACCAUUAUGUCAAAAAUUUAAAUUUUGACCAGUUCCUUGAUCUUUACCUGUACGAAUAUGUUGCAAUAGUAUUUGUUUUUUAUUUUGAGCUAAUUUUAAGCAGAAAAAAUUUCACCUCCAUAAAGCGUCUAAAAUCAUACAAUAUUAUUUUCUUAAAUAGACAGAUAAUUAAAUUUUACUUUGUUGUAUUCCGAAUUGGAAUAUCAACGGAGAAAAUGUGAAAUCUUUUAUACAUCAAGCAUAGAUAUUAACUAUUACAGCAACGCCCAAAAAUUAUAAUUAUAUUAAAAAAUCCAUAUUAACUCAUGCUAGAAAGACCGCCUCUCCCUAUACAUAAGUUUACUCCCAUAGUACGUACUCUUAAAAAUAUGCAACAAUUGCGUGACACACGUACGAUGUGAAGUACUACAUAAACGUAUGAAGCAAUUAUGCCUAGGCGGCACAAUAUAAUAAAUACGUAGGUACAGUUUCGAGCAGUUGCAACAAUUAAAAGCAAAAAAUAUGUGUUUAGAAAAAAAUGAAAUUAUAAAAGCUGUGCGCAAACAUAAUCUCGUCAAGUGUGCCACACUUUGGCUUCAAGUGCCAGCACAAUUGUAUAGCAUACUUAAGGGGUGUAUUGUAACGCUGUUUAGAAAGGAUAAAAGGUGUUUUUUUGGGAAUAUCAAAUUGUGUUACAAAGUUAAGGCAAAGUGUAAAAUAAAUCAGUUAAAUGUGGUUUGUAUUAAAAUGAAUUUUUAAUUGUCAUAAAGUCUACAUUGAGGCGCAAUAAUAUUUGCGGCAAUUCGUAGUGCUAAUUGUAACCAAGUAAGAUUUGUAAGUUAGUAUAAAAUCUUUGUUAAUAUAAAAAUGGCUUUAGUGACAUAGUUCGUACACAAACAAUAAUAAAUAAUUAUAUAAUAAUAUCUAGUUUGUUAGUUAGAACUUUACACAAUAUACAGACCGCAUUUAAUGCACGUGCCGCCUAAAAGUUGCAAAGUAGCGUACAACAUGAGCCCCAACUUUGGUGGUUUAAAAUAAAUGCAUAAAAAAAAAACACGAUAAAAAUGCCCACAACUUCAAAGUUCUAGCUAUUAUUUAUGACGCAACACAAACGGAAAACUGUAACCCCACAAAAACGCAAACAAAAAAUAUCCCCCACGCGCCAUAAACCUCCCCCCAACGCAAAUGCAUUCAAUAUUAAGCUGCCAAAAAGAUACACGUACAUAUAUUUGCAUACUUUUAGGCAACACCAAACUAACAAAAUGAGAAGUACAUAUCUCUGUGUGCACUUGUACAUAACAACCGUUAAUUAAUUGUAAGUGGAAAAAUAUCUCAAUGAAAACUAUAUGUAUAAGGUAACUACUGAGUUAAGUGAAUACUCACAAAAUAAAAUGCAAAAAUAUUUUAAAUAGCUUUUAGGCGUACAACAGUUUCGGCUGAAAAAUAUUUUUUAAGGGUUUCAUAUAUCGAUACAUUAGUAGUGGAAAAAAUGGCUGUUUUGGAAAUAGUUAAAAUUCAUGGUGAAAAAUGCAAACAAAAUUUGUUAUUAAAAUGUAAUAAAUGUAGCGCUGCAUUGCAGCAUUCUAGGCGCUAAAAUAUUUUAUAAUAAAAUCUCGUUAUAUGCAUUUGGUGUGGUCAUAGCCAACUAUUUGAAUAAUCCGGUAAACAUGUUAUGCGGUUUCAAAUGUAUUUUGAACCAAUUAUUUAAAAUAAAUCUUAAAUUUAUGGAACUUAUGAUUAAAAUGGAAAAAUUCUUAGCUUAGCAAUGUAGAAUGUAAUCUAUGCAGAUAUUAAGUUCAUGGAAUACCCAAUAAUGUUAAUGAUACUUAAAUAACUGUUAAUGGAAAUUUUUGAUAAAUGUAUUGAAUGUAGCACUGAAAUGCCUGAAAGUAGGCUUCAAAUUGUAAAAUAUAAAUAAAUUUGGUAAAAAACCUUAAUGUAGGCUAUAGAAUUUUUAAAAGAGAUAUGUAUUUUUUUGACAAGCGCUCUUUUUUCACAGUAUAUUUAGCGAAUUAUAAUUAAUUUUUAGCAGAAAAGGUUGCAGAAAUAAUUAAUCGCUAAUGAUUGAUAACUGUUCAUAUAACAAAAUCAGUUAAGGAUUAAUUGGUUAUCUUUUCUUUGAUCUUGACAGCUUCAGACACAGAAAUUCUAUUAUUAAAAAUAUAAUUAUUGUCAGUUAUACUUCUUUAACAAACAAUUUUAAACGUCUUUAAUAGUUUUGCUGAACAUGCAAACGUUUUUCAUUAUAAGUUGUUGACGUUCAUAGUAAGCCAGUAUCAUUGAUCCAUGUAACAUCGAAGUCAAUAAAAUAUGAAGCCAGUCUGAAUACUUGAAAUUUUUAUAUUUAUCGAUAAUUUAAUAUACAUUUAUGGUUUUUAUAUAAAUUUUAAAUGUUUUUUAAGGUAAUCAGGACAGCCUAAAAUUUGUUAAGUUUUUCUUAACUUUUUGUCAACUUAAUCGGUUAAUCGACUUUCCAACUUCGUUAUAUGAAUUAGUAAAUAUUUCUCGAGUAUUUAUACAUUUUUAUUGAUUUAUUUUAACAUAU